GCGCAGCACUUAGCGAGAAAACCAUCACAAAGACUGUCCGCUUCGCCGGCCGCGAGUUUCAAGUUGAAGAGAAAGUGUCGGCUGAGCGUUUUGCUGCUCUUGAGAAAACCCAAAAGAAAAAUGUGGAAGUCAAGGGAAACCUGCAGGCCCUAGAUGCCCUAGACAAAGCUCUCACCAACGCGGCUUCGAUUAAUUCGGUGCAGAAGUCUCGCGCGGACUGGAGCCAAUUCAAGGAGAAGGCCGGAAUUGAAGAGGAGCUCAAAAGAGGCAGAGGGUACGCAGCAGCAGCAGCAGCAGCAGCAGCAGCAACAGCAGCGACAGCAGCAGCAGCAACCGUAGCAGCAGCAGCAGCAAAAGCAGUAGCAGCAGUAGCAGUAGUAGUAGCAGCAGCAGAAGCGACAGUGGCAGCAAUUGCGCUAGAACUCGCCUAA